GUUGCUCUCCUGGCCUAACCUACACAUGUCUAGCCGUUGUGUGGCUCAAAUUAUUACAACCGCUGCGCUUGGGGUGAAGGAACCACGUAUUUCCAGUCGUGCAGGAAGCCUUGCAUCUGUCGGCGAUCUGUGAUUGUCCUCCCGCUGCGAAGACGGAGUAGCGAAGCACGAGAAAGAGAGAGAGAGAGAGAGAAUCAUCAACAAAAAGACAAGAAGGCAUGGCACCAGAGAUUGCGCAGUACAACUUCGCAUCGGGGUCUCCCGCUGUGUGGAUUGAGGAGGACUGGGAGUGGGCCAAAAGACAGGCAAAUUUGCCAUCUGAACAUGCCCGGCUCUCGGACUCCUUCGAUGGCCCAGCCUUUGGCCUCCAGCCUUGGGCGAGCAGCCAGGUCCUUUGCCGCCUGCUGGCGCUCGGCCUGCACGGCCCGCAGCCAUCUGACACUGUGGUCGAGGUUGGGGCGGGGUGUGGCCUGCCUGGUCUGCUGGCCGUGGCACAGCGAAGGCAGCGCCGCUCCUGCGAGGAGUCGGGAAGCAGCACUAGCAGCAACGGGAGCGGCCUUCCGCCACCUCCACCUCCAGUCCUGCUCACCGACUACCAACCGCAGGUAUUGGACGCCCUCCGCAGGAACGUCGCGUUGAACGGCUUUGAUGCCAUGGAUGUCGAGGUCGCAGCUCUCGACUUCCGCGCGCCCGGCGACUGCCAGGCAUUGUUGGCCCGUGGUCCGGUGGAUUGGGUCAUCGCCGCUGAUGUGGUCUAUGACGACCGGCUCUGGCAUGAUUUGCUCAGUACCUUUGCAUUUCUUUGUCGUCUUGGCCGAGAGGAUGAGGGCAGCUCGGCCGGCAUAGCAGAGACGGCGGCGCUCCAAAACGGCGCAGCCAGUCCGGAUUUGCAGCGUGACACCGACCCGAGAGAAGCGCCGCCCCAGCGCAGGCCGUGCCGUGUCCUCCUGGCGUGCGAGGCGCGGGCGCAGGAUGCAGGGGUCCGUCUCGUGAGUUUGGCACGCGAGGCUGGCUUCCGGGUUGAAGGUCCCCUCGAUUUGCCGUCCGAGGCCUUCCGCUGGGGCGUGGUCAGGGAGAGAAGGACCGGCAGCAUCGAGGGACGCCCUGCCGACGUGGAGUUGGAGAGAGUGCGGCCGGAGGGACACGGGGUAUUGGUGUUGACGCUCGCCGAGGUGAAAUAGGAAUGCGAGGCACGUCAGAGGUCGACAACAUGCAAGAUCAACCAGAGAUAGUUGGUAGCAGGUGAAUGUGAUCAUUUGUAAGGCCGCAUCACUUCUCCUCCCAGGUAGCAGACCUAUGCACAUGUAAUAGUGCAGCGGCGUCAUGGAGAUCUGCCGCGCAUGUUUCCAUCACCACUUGAGUCGCAGUCACAUACAAGUCGAUGAGCAGGGUUAGGCGUAGUGUGCCUCUUACUGAGACAAUACCCAGCAUCGAACAGUAUGUUCGACCGAGGUUGCGUCCGCAUUGAAGUUUGAAGCAGCAUUUACACGUUUGGAUACGAUUUGUUCGGAUCGAGUGCGUGGCACCUUUACCACACAUUCGCCUCGGAUUCACAAGGUUUGUGCUGUUUGUUGGCUGCUCUUCUUCCAGUGGAAUCCCCGCAGUGUCGAGUAGCUGCGCAGUAGACGUAUCAUCUCCCCUCAGUGAACGCAUCUCGGCACAACUGCUGAUCAAGGCGCCAACUGAGCCGCUUGGCGGCAAGUGGGGACUGCAGUUGCCUAUGCGCUGUGGCUCGCGCUUUCGUGAAACCACGUUUAUCGCGUAAUUGCCGCAAUCUUUUUUCUGAGUUUGAUCCCAUGUCCCCCUCCUGAAUUCGCGCAGACUCUACAAGUCAGUUGUGGCUGCUGCGGCUUUCCACAGAAGCAUUGACAGGCCGUAGUGUAUUUCAAAGUGCCUCUUGCCAUUUGCCAUGCGCGGCGCAGGUUCGGUGAGGCACCGACGCUUGUGUGUUAAGGUUGCGUGGUCAAACUUGAAGUUCUUCUUGGUGCACGCGCCCCCGCCCAAUUAGUAGCUGUUCCAUCGCGUCAGUAUCGGAGCGCAUCAGGAGCCAUGCCGAUGGGUCAGGCAAGACAGGGAAGUCGGGG